AAGAAGAAAAGAAAAGAGAAAAGGAAAGGUGUGCGUGAGGAAGUGAUGCAGAUAUUGUGGAUCGUAAAAUAAGCGGAUGUUUCGGCAUCUGGGAUGGCUGGUUGGUCUCCCCUAUAAAUCCUCCUCAUCCUCAUCCUCAUCAAAACGAUUGUCAAAUGCCAACCCGGCUUCCCCACCCAGGCCGCCGCCGCUGGCUGCUAUGUUCGACUCUGUUCACGAGAUCGCUAUUUACAUUCACCGCUUCCACAAUCUCGAUCUUUUCCAACAAGGAUGGUACCAACUUAAGAUCACCAUGAGAUGGGAGGACAGUGAGGUCACGGGCACUCCGGCCAGAGUUGUUCAAUACGAAGCUCCUGAUCUUUGUUCUGAUGAUGUAUAUGGAGUAUGGAGGAUUGAUGAUACAGACAACAGCUUCUCAACUCGGCCUUUUCGUAUCAAAUAUGCAAGACAGGAUGUCUUUUUAUCAAUCAUGAUAUCUUUCAAUCUGUCUUUUACUGAAUAUGAGGGUCAAUCCUCAUCUCCUGUUCUCUUGAAGUUUGAGCUUAUGCAUGCCCCUAUAUCAGGAAAUAGGUCUGACUUGCAGGAAGCUCUGGAUGCCAAUCCGGCCGCUGUCCAUGAAUUUCGAAUUCCUCCCAAAGCUCUUUUGGGUUUACAUUCAUAUUGCCCUGUUCAUUUUGACGCGUUCCAUUCAGUGCUUGUUGAUGUUAGUAUACACAUCAGUCUACUAAAAGCUCCUUCUUACAAGCAUCCAUCAAAGGUAUCCAGUAUGCGUAGAAUUGCUGAAGGUGCUGGUGGAGAAACUUCUGGAUCAAACCAAGCAGCGGGGCAAUUAUCUACUGCAGACUCAAAUGGCAUCAUGCUUCUUAAGUCACUGUUAGCUGCUCGUAGCAUACUGCUUGAAGAGCUCCAGACACUUAGCAAGGCUGUUGACCAAGAAAUUGAUUUGACUGAUUUUAUAUCUGAAAUGGAUAAUAUCAAUGAUUCGUUCCUGCAAGGAAAUUUGGUUGCAGCAGAUGAGAGUGUUUCAGGACAAGGCAAGCCACAAAAUGGUCUUGAGAAAACAAAUGGCACAUCGGGUUCUAGAAUUGGUGAAUUGCCACAGUCUUUAUCAAGGGGUGGUGUGAUGAAAACUUUCAAUCUCUUGGGAGAUCAACUCUUAUAUCUAUGGAAUACUUUUUUGCAAUUCCACAGGUUUCACAAAACAAAGAUACUGGAAUACUUGCAUGACACAUGGGCUAAAGAUAGAAGAGCUGAAUGGUCAAUAUGGAUGGUUUACUCUAAGGUUGAGAUGCCUCAUCACUAUCUGAACAGUGGGUUUGACGAGUCGUCUAAUAACGGUGGCUAUAGAAGAACUCCAACUUUGUGGAAGCUGAACGAUGAUCCGGCACAAAUUGCUGCUACCCGUGCUGAGCUUCAUAGACGAAGUAUUGCACAAAUGAAGAUUAACAAUCGAUCAAUUCAAGAUUUGCAUAUAUUUGGAGAUCCAUCAAGCAUUCCUAUUGUUAUUGUGGAGCGUGUCAUGAAUGCACCUAGGCGUACUACUAGUGAAAAUUCUUACUUGAGACAUUUGGAUGUGUUAAGUGCUCCGGGCUUGCAAAGUGGAUCUGGGUCAGAAUCUGUAAACAAGCAAUCUGGCUAUAGCUCCUCAAAGAAAUCCCGUGUUUUGAAGAUUGUUGUUUUUGUGCAUGGCUUUCAGGGGCAUCAUCUGGAUUUACGGCUCAUUCGAAAUCAAUGGCUAUUGGUAGAUCCGAAGGCAGAGUUUCUAAUGUCAGAGGCAAACGAAGACAAAACAUCCAGUGAUUUCAGAGAAAUGGGACAAAGGCUAGCUCAGGAAGUUAUUACUUUCCUUAAGAAGAAAAUGGAUAAAGCUUCAAGAUCUGGAAACUUGGUGGAUAUUAAGCUCAGCUUUGUCGGACAUUCUAUUGGAAAUGUCAUAAUUAGGACGGCUCUAACAGAGGUUAUGAUGGAGCCAUUCCUUAGAUACCUACAUGUUUAUGUUUCUAUAUCGGGUCCACACCUGGGGUAUCUAUACAGUUCAAAUUCUUUAUUUAACUCUGGGCUGUGGCUUUUGAAGAAGCUCAAGAACACUCAGUGCAUUCAUCAACUUACUUUCACUGAUGAUCCAAACCUCCAAAAUACGUUCUUUUACCAGCUCUGUAAGAAGAAGACGCUGGAGAAUUUUAAGCACAUAAUACUGUUAUCAUCACCACAGGAUGGUUAUGUUCCUUACCAUUCUGCCAGAAUAGAUAUGUGCCAGGCUGCUUCAUUAGACUAUUCGAAACGGGGUAAAGUUUUUCUGGAAAUGCUGAAUGACUGCUUAGACCAAAUACAGUCUCCUCGAUGUGAGAAUCGAGUGUUCAUGCGCUGUGACAUCAACUUUGACACGUCCACAUAUGGAAAGAACUUGAACACAUUCAUCGGAAGGGCCGCCCAUAUUGACUUUUUGGAAUCCGACACUUUUGCAAGAUUCAUUAUGUGGUCUUUCCCAGACCUAUUUCGGUAAAUACUAGUUGCUAUCGAACAUGUUUUCUUCUCUAGCCUGCCCUUAGUUGGGUAUUUUUCCUCCUUCAAAUCAAGGACCAAUUGAGAAGGGUUUUUCGAGGUGGGGUAGUCAGUAGCGGCCAUGCCCUUUUGCACAUUGAGGAUGAGCUGCUUGAAGACGUCUGCCAUUGUACAUUAUCAGUUUAGAACUGAACUCAUUUUGCAGGUAGAAAUUGUACCAUUGUUUAGCUGCAUGUGAAGUUCCUAGAAGUGGUCACCAGCCGUGUGGCUUGUGCUUAUCCCAAGGUUGAGAAAUCAAGCUCCAGUGUAGUGAAUGUUCUAAAAGCUGUAAUUCCUCUUGUUCUUUAUAUUAUAGUAUAGAAUAGU